GGAGGCGGGGGUGCCCCCGGGGGCAGCGGCGGGGGCAGUGGUGGGGGCCCGGGCACUGCCUUCUCCAUCGACUCCCUGAUCGGGCCGCCGCCGCCUCGCUCGGGCCACUUGCUCUACACCGGCUACCCCAUGUUCAUGCCCUACCGGCCGCUAGUGCUGCCGCAGGCGCUCGCCCCUGCGCCGCUGCCGGCUGGCCUCCCGCCUCUCGCCCCACUAGCCUCCUUUGCCGGCCGCCUUACCAACACCUUCUGCGCGGGCCUGGGCCAGGCCGUGCCCUCGAUGGUGGCGCUGACCACCGCGCUGCCCAGCUUCGCGGAGCCGCCCGACGCCUUCUACGGGCCCCAGGAGCUCGCCGCUGCGGCCGCCGCCGCCGCCGCCCGGAACAACCCCGAGCCGGGCGGCCGACGCCCGGAGGGCGGGCUGGAAGCCGACGAGCUGCUGCCCGCCCGGGACAAAGUGGCAGAGCCCCCACCGCCCCCGCCUCCGCACUUCUCAGCGACUUUCCCAAGUCUGCCGGCCCUGGGCAUUUUGGCUUUGCGGGUUCAGCUGUUGUUUUGGACCUGGUUGGGCCAGGGGGAUCCAGUGGCUGAAGUCUGA